CCAAUUUUUUUUAAGUAAUUAAUUACCACAUCAAUACCUACGUGGCAAUAAUAAUCAGAAUGGUUGAUGUGUUUGUUCAACACGCGUCGGGCCCCACUUUUGCAGCUUUUGAAAAAGUAACUAUCAGCUAAUUUUACACUUCCCAAAUUCGAAAAGCUGGCCAUUUAUGUUUUCAAAAUUACUUUACCAAAAAGUAGAUAAAGUAACAAGGAAAGAAAGAGGAAAAGUGCUGCAUGUGUGGAUCGAUUUCAAAGGUUAGAAAUUUGAUUUCAAACUGAAAGUUGAUUUUCGAUGUUGGAUUUUGAUAGUUAGUUUUUGUUUCAGUGCUGCAUGUGUGAAUCGAUUUCAAUCGUGAAAGUGUGGGUCGAUUUCAUUCAGCAAGAAUUGUGGUUGAGUUGAGUUCAAAGGUUAGUUUUUUCUUCAUUUAUUUUUUUUUUGUUAUUGUUAUGCUUAGAUUUUGUAGGAAUUAUGAUAUGUUGUUAAAUAUUGAUUUCGAUUUUAAGUGAAAUAUAAAUUUUAGGGUUUAUAUUGUGAUUUUGUUAGAUAUCAAAUUUCGUAUUUUUAGGGUUGAUGUUAUUCAUAUAUUCAUACUGUCACCUUUGUUGUUAUGGGGUAUGUAACUUGCUAUUCAUACAUUUAUAUGAAACGUAUUUUGAGUGUGGGUUGGUUGGGUGGUAUUAUAGUUGUGUGAGUUAUGUUGUUAUAAUAUGAAACAUGCAAGAAGAUAAAGACGAGUUGGGUGUUGUGUUGUGUUGUCUUAUAUUCUGGGUUACAAUAAAGUAACUUCAUGUUGGGUGUUGUGUUGUGUCUGUGGGUGUGGGGUUAAAGUUAAAUAACAUUAUCCUAAGAAGAAAAUAUAUGUUGGGUGUUGUGUUGUGUCUAUGUGGGGUUACAUACCUAAUUGUAAGAAGAUAAAGAUAUGUCGUGUAUUGUGUUAUUUAUGUGGGGUAUUGUGUUAUGUAUGAGUGGGGUUGGGUAUGUGUUUUCUUCAACUUGAAUUGUUUUUAUAAGUAUUUGGGUAUGUGUUUUCUUUAGUCAAUUAUUAUAUUCUAUUAGCAACUUUUACUUAAUUAUUGUUAUGUUUAUGCAUAUAGGUAUGAGUGGGUUUACAUUCAUUAUUUUAAAGUUAUAUCAUGAUGGGGCCUUAUUGUAUGAAGGUGAUAAAGCAAGAUAUGUGGGUGGGUUAGUGAGUGAAUAUUAUGAUAUUGAUGUGGAUACAAUAUCAUAUUUUGAGAUUAAAGACUACAUUAAAGAACUAGGGUAUAGCCCAAAUUGCAAAUUUAGUGUCCGGCCACCUAAUAGUUGCAUCUUAGGAGAUAUUGACAAUGAUGAUAUUCUCUUAACAAUGUGUAAUUGUUUGCAAAGUGGGUCUGUUUUGGAAGUAUAUGUUCACAUGCCUGGUGAGGAGUCUGACAAAGAUGAUAGUUGUCUAGAGGAAGGUGAAAAAAUGAAGUUGAAACUGCCUAACACAAAAAGGAAAAAACAUACCAUAGAGAGAGUCAAAUUUGAUCCCAACAUUAAGAAGAUUGUGUGGCAAUUGGGUAUGAUUUUUGAAAGUGUAAAAGAGUUUAGAUUGACAGUCACUAAGUAUGCAAUUCAGAGAAGGGUUCAGAUUAAAAAGUGUGUGAAUGAGCCAAAUCGAGUAAGGGUGAGAUGUUGCAAGGUAAAUUGCAAAUAGUUGUUAUAUGCAAGUUUGGACAAGAAGACUAAUAACUUUAUUAUUAAGACUUACAUGCAAGUCCAUUCAUGUCAAAAGGCUACUAGGAAUUAUUUGUGCAACUCUACAUUCAUUGCUACUAUUUUUAAAAAGAAAGUUAUCGAACAACCAAAUAUCAGAGUGUUCAAGCUGCAAGAGUUAAUCUGUAAGAAGUAUAAUGUGCAUGUUGAUAAGACCACAACUAGAAGAGCAAGAGCUAAAAUUUUGAAUGAACUUAUGGGUGAUCAUGUUAAGGAAUUUGGGAGAAUUCUUGAUUAUAAGGAUGAGUUGUUGAGGACUAAUCCUAGGAGUACUUGUGUGGUGAAGCUAGGAGAAGCUAAUGAAUAUGGUAGGCCAGUAUUUAAGGCAUUUUACAUUUGUUUUGCUGCACUCAAGAUAACAUUUAUGUCAGCUAGAAAAUGCAUUGGUCUGGAUGGUUGUUUCUUGAAGGGGGUUUGCAGGGGUCAAUUACUUAUUGCAGUGGCUAAAGAUGGCAAUAAUCAAAUGCUUCCACUUGCUUGGGCUGUAUUUGAAAAUGAGAACACAAUCACUUGGAGUUGGUUUAUUUCUCUGUUGAAAAAAGACUUGAGAUUAGCAGAUGGAACAAGUUUCACAAUUAUGUCAGACAUGCAAAAGGGACUGGAUAUAGCUAUAAAGGAGUUGUUGCCAGCUUGUGAGGAAAGAAGGUGUGCUAGGCAUAUACUAGCAAAUUGAUCAAAGAAUUGGAGAGGGCUGCAAAGGAAGAAGCAGUUCUGGAAGUGUGCUAGAAGUACUUUUGAAGCUGAAUUCUGAGAAAAUCUGCACGAAUUGUCUAAAUUAGGUACUGGAGGUACAGGUAUAGUGGAUGACCUAAUUUACUAUGAUAAAGAAUAUUGGUGUAAGGUAUAUUUUAAUUGUGAAGUCAAGUUUGAUGCAAUAGAAAAUAAUAUGUUGAAAGCUUUAAUGCUUGGAUUUUGUCUGCAAGGCAUAAAACCAUUAUUACUAUGUUUGAAGGGAUAAGAAUUAAGGUCAUGAAUAGGUUAGCUAGGUUAAGUGAAUUUCCAAACUCUUGGAUAAGCAGUUUCUCUCCAAUGGCAAUGAAUGUAUUAGAACAAAAUAUUGAUAAGUCAAUGGCAUAUAACAUUGAGUUUAGUGGAGUAACUAGCUAUGAGGUUUUGGAUGGAUACAAACAACACACUAUAUGUUUGAGAAAGAGGGAGUGUAGUUGUAGAUCUUGGAUGUUGAAGGGUAUACCAUGUGCACAUGCCUUAGCUGCAAUGUUGCAUAAACAAUAUGACCCACAUGAUUUCAUUCAUUCAUGCUACUCUAAAGAGAGGUACUUGAUGACUUACUCACAUUUCAUACAACCUAUGAAUAACAUGCCGAUGUGGCCAGAAUUAAAAAAUCCUCUUGUUGAUCCACCAGUGAUAAAACAAAUACCAGACAAACCUAGAAAGUUGAGAACGAAAAAGGUUGGUGAAAAGAAGGUGUCUGGUAAAUUAUCCAAAACAGGACUAACUAUGACAUGUAGUCUUUGCCAUGUUAAAGGUCACAAUAAAAGAAGUUGUCAUUUACGAAGGAGUGAUGGAGUUGGUUCUACUGCCGGGGAACAGAGAAUUAUCCCUACUUCAAAUGUUGAAGAACCAUCAAGUUCAAAAAAAGGAAGGGGAAGACCGAUGGUACAUUACUAUUUUGUCACUUACUUUUAAGUGUAAUCAACUUACUAAUAUAAUAUUUUUUUUUUUGCUAAUUAGAAAUCAACAAAUAUUGAGAGUGAGCCUGUUGCCAAAAGGGGGAGAGACAGACCUAAAAACACAAGUGCAAAUGCAAGUGCAACAGGGGAUUCACCUACAAUUAUUGCACCUCCAACAACUUCAAGAACAACAAGAGCUACAGCAAGUGCAAGUGCAUCAAGGGCCUCUCCUAGAACCACUGCACCUCCUACAACUUCAAGAACACCAACACAUGAAGCAAGCGCAAGUGUAAAUGGUGUUAGAGUAUUAUCAAGAUCCAGGAGUGGUAGAGGAAAGGGUAGGGGAUUGGGAAGUGCAGGAAGCGGUAGUAAUCAUCCACUUGAAAAUUGGUUUACAUGUUCUCAUGGUAGUACAACAUAGGGUGUAGACCAGAACACAAAUGUUGCACCAAAGGAAACUACUACUACCAGGAAAGGAAAGGGUGUUGAAAACACAACUCAAUUUAAAAGGCGAAGAGUCACUGGUAUGGGUGUGUUUCAAGCUAAAAAUGGUUUCAAAAAUUUCAAUGUAAGUAUUGCGAUGCAUUCAUAUUGUUUGUUCUCUAAUAACUUGCACAUUUAUUCUCUAAUAAUCUUAGUUCUCUAAAAAUUUUGUAGCCUAGACUGCCAAGUAGCACAAUAUUAGCCGAACCAAAGAGAGUUUUGAGAUCAAGUAUUGUAACUGGGGAUGUUGGUUUCAAACCGACAAGUGGAUUGAAGUGGAAAGGAAAUCAGGCAAUCACAACUAGAAGGCUCCAGCAGAUUAGAGAUCAAUCAAGGCUUUCAAACUCAAAUGCUUCCUCCUCUUCACAAUCUCGACACCCAUGGAAACUAUAAUGUUGAUAUCAAUGGUGUUUUAUCAGUCAUUUUUUGAUGGCCACUAUAAGUACUAUUUUGUUUCAU